AUGAAUUCAAUCAAACUAUGCGACUCACAACCAUCAGUCUACUCGUACACUAUCUCUAAUUGGGGAAAACAAGACGAACUCGACAAGAUAGUUUGGAGCCUCCUAGUCGAAGUAGUGUUCAAUGGCUUAACAGCGUUCUUUGUUCAAAGUUUCCUUGCCAUACGCGUGUGGCACUUGAGUCGUCGAAAAAAAGUCCUGACCGGUGCUGUGGUAUCUCUUGUUCUCGGAGAGUUUGGAUGUGUAAUUGCUUUCACUGCAAUGUCCUUACACCUCAAAACCUACGAACAGCUCGCGAAACUAAAGUAUCUCUCGAUCUUGGUCAACGCGCUCGCCGCUGCUGGGGAUGUUUUGAUUGCGGCGACACUGUGUAUACUGUUGCACCAGUCGCGCACUGGCUUUAAACGGUCAGAUACGAUGAUCAACAAGCUUAUCCUGUUCUCGGUCAACACGGGUGUGCUUACGAGGUUCGUUCUUAUCGUGCUACUAUACACCAACUCUCUUCUCGCAACUCUGAACGCGCGCCGAAAGAUCCGUGACGCCGGUGAAGUCAUCAACAGCACCAGCGAAAAUCUUAGUUUCUCCAUGCGCAAUGUUCCUCUUGCUGCACGGCGCCCUACCAACAUAUCAAUCAAAAUUGAUACCACGAAAGAAUUUGCCACCGACCACGAUUCGGAUCGAGGCCCGGAUACCAGUGACCUCGAGAAAGCAGAGGUGAGGGUUGGCAUCCACAAGAUAAUGCACAAAUGUUCAUCCGUUAUGCAAUUUGAGGAGAAGGAGCGUCAAGAAGUGUAA